GAUGCACCCUCCCUCCUUUAGCUUUUGCCCUUAAAAAAUGGGAGGAUAUCACUUCCUGUUCAGAGGUUGCUGUUGUUUUGCCUUUAACAAAGAUGGAGCCCAGUUGCCUCCAGGGUUUGCAAAAAUAAAUGAUACAUUUUAAUGGAUGCCAGAGAUAAGCAGGUUCUGCGCUCUUUGCGCUUGGAGUUAUGUGCAGAACUGCUGGUGGAUGGCCUUGUCAUCCAGUACCUUUACCAAGAAGGAAUCCUAACAGAAAAUGAUGUGCAAGAAAUAAGAGCCCAGCUCACCCAUCAGAGGAAAACCAUGAUGCUUCUUGACAUCCUACCUGCCAGAGGACCAAAGGCUUUUGAGACCUUUUUAGAAUCUUUACAAGAAUUCCCAUGGAUGAAAGCCAAGCUUGAGGCAAAGCGUAGUGAAGUUAUAUUAGUGGCACCUGCUGAUGAUGAGAUACCUGGAAUUUUGCAACACACUUUGAAAAAUCUACCAACUGAUCAUCAGAUUAACAAACUUGCUAGAAGACUUGGACCUGAGUGGGAGUGCAUUGCCUUAUCUCUGGGCUUGACACAAAAUGACAUUUAUCGUUGCAAAGCAAAUCACCUAUACAAUAUUCAGUCACAGAUUGUGAGUGCCUUUAUUUUGUGGAGGCAGCGUUUUGGGAAUAAAGCUACUCUAGAGAGUCUAUGUGCUAGUCUGAAGCAAGGAGAAGUUGAUUCUUCUAUAAUCCAACAGAUGUUUCAGUGAGACCUUAUGAUUCUUACUGGAAGAAUCUGAAAUUAAAUCUGGCAGAUGCAUACAAAUAAUUUUUUAAGGUGAAAAAUCAUACUUGCUUGAGGAUGCCUAAUUUUCUUCAAAUUGCAAAUACUUUGUAAUUUCCAAAGUAUUUAAAAUAGCAUUACAUUAAAAGCUAUUAAGUUUAACCAUAUACUUUAUAGCUUUUAUUGUAAUGAUAUUUUAAAUACCUUUGAGAUCUGUGAUUUUUUUUUAAUGCAAGCAACCCCCUCAUCAAUGUAGAUUACACCAAUUCUGUACAUAACUAUUACAAUCAAUUUAUGAGUUA